GCGGGGAGGGAAGCGGAGGCUGGCGAGCUCUAGGCCGGCCGGCGGUGGCGGCGGCAAGGCCUGGACUCGGGCUGAGCGCCUGCUGUGGCGGCAGCGGCGGACGCCGAGCUCAGCAGAGGGUUUCUCUGGAAACCCCCCUGGUAAGUGUGGAGGAGGCGGGACACUCUGACCCAAGACAAAAGGCCUGUAGCUCCAGCCAAAGAAAAUAAACCUUAGGAAGGAGAAGGAAAAAAAAAAGUCCAUCAGCUGUUCCCAAGAACAGCCUGCAGUGAAAUCUACAGAGAGGACAACUAAUGUGAGUGAGGAAGUGACUGUAUGUGGACUGUGGAGACAGUAAGUCACGUGGGCCCUGAAGGCCUGGACUGGGUUAGGAACGGUUGUACUUUCAGAGGUGAGGUGUCAAGAAGGGAAAGUGAAUGUGGUCUGGAGUGUGGCCUUGGCUCCAAGGGUUGUGCUUUCCUCUGAGGCCAUCAGGGAGCUCAGCCCCUGUGUUCUGCCAGGGUGGGGUACAGGGUUUGGCACUGAGGAGGGUAACUUGCUGGCUGGAGCAGCAGAGCAGUGGCCUUGAUCUGUCUUUUGGAAGAUUUAAAAACCAAAAAGCAUAAACAUUCUGGUCCUUCAGCAAUGCUUUCUUUGAAGAAAUACUUAACGGAAGGACUCCUCCAGUUCACCAUUCUGCUCAGUUUGAUUGGGGUGCGGGUGGACGUGGAUACUUACCUGACCUCACAGCUACCCCCGCUCCGGGAGAUCAUCCUGGGGCCCAGUUCUGCCUAUACUCAGACCCAGUUCCACAACCUGAGGAAUACUUUGGAUGGCUAUGGUAUCCACCCCAAGAGCAUAGACCUGGACAAUUACUUCACUGCCCGGCGGCUCCUCAGUCAGGUGAGGGCCCUGGACAGGUUCCAGGUGCCAACCACUGAGGUUAACGCCUGGCUGGUCCACCGGGAUCCGGAGGGGUCUGUCUCUGGCAGCCAGCCCAGCUCAGGCCUCGCCCUCGAGAGUUCCAGUGGUCUCCAAGAUGUGACAGGCCCAGACAACGGGGUGCGAGAAAGCGAAACGGAGCAGGGAUUCAGUGAAGAUUUGGAGGAUUUGGGGGCUGUAGCCCCACCAGUCAGUGGAGACUUAACCAAAGAGGACAUAGAUCUGAUUGACAUCCUUUGGCGACAGGAUAUUGACCUGGGGGCUGGGCGUGAGAUUUUUGACUACAGUCAUCGCCAGAAGGAACAGGAUGUGGAUAAGGAACUGCAGGAUGGAGCAGAGCAGGAGGACACCUGGCCAGGCGAGGGUGCAGAAGCUCUGGCACAAAACCUGCUAGUGGAUGGAGAGACUGGGGAGAGCUUCCCUGCACAGGUGCCUGGUGGGGAGGACCAGACAGCCCUGUCCCUGGAAGAGUGCCUUAGGCUGCUGGAGGCCACCUGCCCCUUUGGGGAGAAUGCUGAGUUUCCAGCAGACAUUUCCAGCAUAACAGAAGCAGUGCCUAGUGAGAGUGAGCCCCCAGGUCUUCAAAACAACCUUUUGUCUCCUCUCCUGACGGGGACAGAGUCGCCAUUUGAUUUGGAACAGCAGUGGCAAGAUCUCAUGUCCAUCAUGGAAAUGCAGGCCAUGGAAGUGAACACAUCAACAAGUGAAAUCCUGUACAAUGCCCCUCCAGGGGACCCACUGAGCACCAACUACAGCCUUGCUCCCAACACUCCCAUCAAUCAGAAUGUCAGCCUGCAUCAGGCGUCCCUGGGGGGCUGCAGCCAGGACUUCUCACUCUUCAGCCCGGAGGUGGAGAGCCUGCCUGUGGCCGGCAGCUCCACGCUGCUCCCACUGGUCCCCAGCAAUUCCACCAGCCUCAACUCCACCUUUGGUUCCACCAACCUGGCGGGGCUUUUCUUUCCGCCUCAGCUCAAUGGCUCAGCCAAUGACACAGCAGGCCCUGAGCUGCCUGACCCGCUGGGGGGUCUGUUAGAUGAAGCCAUGCUGGAUGAGAUCAGCCUGAUGGACCUGGCCAUUGAAGAAGGCUUUAACCCCGUGCAGGCCUCCCAGCUCGAAGAGGAAUUUGACUCUGACUCAGGCCUCUCCUUGGACUCCAGCCAUAGCCCUUCCUCCCUGAGCAGCUCUGAAGGUAGUUCUUCCUCCUCCUCCUCUUCCUCCUCCUCUUCCUCUUCUUCCUCUGCUUCUUCCUCAGCCUCUUCCUCCUUUUCUGAGGAAGGUGCCGUUGGCUACAGCUCUGACUCUGAGACCUUGGAUCUGGAAGAGGCCGAGGGCGCUGUGGGCUACCAGCCCGAGUAUUCCAAGUUCUGCCGCAUGAGCUACCAGGACCCGUCUCAGCUCUCCUGCCUGCCCUACUUGGAGCACGUGGGCCACAACCACACGUACAACAUGGCACCCAGUGCCCUCGACUCCGCUGACCUGCCAGCACCCAGCGCCCUUAAGAAGGGCAGCAAGGAGAAGCAGGCCGACUUCCUGGACAAACAGAUGAGCCGGGAUGAACAUCGAGCCCGAGCCAUGAAGAUCCCCUUCACCAAUGACAAGAUCAUCAACCUGCCUGUGGAGGAGUUCAACGAGCUGCUCUCCAAGUACCAGCUGAGCGAGGCCCAGCUGAGCCUCAUCCGUGACAUCCGGCGCCGCGGCAAGAACAAGAUGGCGGCGCAGAACUGCCGCAAGCGCAAGCUGGACACCAUCCUGAACCUGGAGCGGGACGUGGAGGACCUGCAGCGCGAUAAAGCCCGGCUGCUGCGGGAGAAGGUGGAGUUCCUCCGGUCCCUGCGGCAGAUGAAACAGAAGGUCCAGAGCCUGUACCAGGAGGUGUUUGGGCGGCUGCGGGAUGAGAACGGGCGGCCCUACUCGCCCAGUCAGUAUGCGCUGCAAUACGCCGGGGACGGCAGCGUCCUGCUGGUUCCCCGCGCCCUGGCUGACCAGCAGGCCCGGCGGCAGGAGAGGAAGCCGAAGGACCGGAGAAAGUGAGCUUGGGAGGAAGGCGGUUGAUGCUCACUGAGAUGGAAACUGGAGAAGGGCUGGGCCUGGACCUGGACCUACAGCGGGGACUUUAAUGCCUUCUUAUCCAAUAGAUCUUCUCAGAUGGGAUGACUGCGGGUCAGUGGACAGGAAGAGGCAGGCGCAGGCGCUGUCUGGCUCAGCUUCCCCCACUGAGGGGGGUGGAAGUGGCCAGACUGUUUGGGUGGACGGGGUCCUCACCCCUACCCCUUUCCUUGAGGGAAGGGUGGUGCUGGCAUUGCUGGAGGCCAACAAAGGGAAAGGGAAGGACUUGUGAGAGGAAAGUAGUAGAAAGUCUCAUUCCUGGAAGGGAGGAAGGGAGGAAAAAAAAAACAAUCCCAAAAAAAUCAAAGCGGAAAGAAAAUCAAAGGGCAGGUUAAGUUGGCCCUGGCCAGGAUUCCAGGCAGCAGAUUUUAGGGGGAACUAGAUGACUGGUAUGAGUAAACCCCACUUCACCCCUGGGGAGGGGUGGAACACGGAGUGGGUUCUGGGAGGGGCCUGCGAACUCUUCCUGCUCCUGCACUUCGGCAUCCCUGAAGGGGAGUUCUUGGAUGAUAUCACCUGUAAGGUUUCAGUCAUGGAGCCGCUGGGACACGACACUGGCUUGGAGGGUUAGGAUCAAAGGGUGGAGUAAACAGGCAAGGGUCAUGAGGCCUCAUGUUGCAGCAGCCCCAACACCAAGCAUGUCACUCAAUGCCCUGCCAUCCAUCUUCCUUUGUGCCCAGUCACCCCUGAGCUGAGGCUCCCAUGUCUCCAUCAGAGCCUGCAUGCGAAUGCUGUUCUCUUCCCGUCCAUGUGCCCCCGCCCCUCACUGGCUGCCUGGAGCUCUCCUGCAGCCGGUGUGCUAGCAGUGCCCCCACUGCUGGGCCUGCAGCCUCCUGGAAGCUGCUCUGAGGCAGGGGAAUGAUGUGGAGAAGCCAGGCAGUAUUCAGCACAACACUGGGGAGUGACCCUUCCCUGAGGCCUCCCCUGCCAACAACUGGGCUUGUCACUGGAAAUACAAAAAAACUACAAAACCCAGCAACACCAAGAAAACCUAAUCCUCUUAGAGUUUCUUGCGCUUUGAUUUUUUUAGGGCUUGAGCCCUGUUUCACUUAUAGGGUCUAGAAUGCUUGUGUUGAGUAAAAAGGAGAUACCCCAAUAUUCAAAGCUGCUAAAUGUUCUCUUUGCCAUAAAGACUCCGUGUAACCGUGUGAACACUUGGGAUUUUUCUCCUCUGUCCCGAGGUCUCUGUCUGCUUUCUUUUUUGGGUUUCUUUCUAGGAGAAUGAGAAGUGCAUGUAAUGGGGUCUGAGGGUACCCCUCCCCCAGGCAGCUUCUCCAUACCCCCAGUUUAGCAAGGGCCCCUGGAGGCCUGCCUGGGGGAGCACCAAGGUGGCCAGGUGGUUCCAGGGCCAGUGUCUUUAACUGUUGCCACUGCUGCCCCCACCUCUGCCUGUGUCUGGAGCAUUGUCUGCCCCAGACCAGCAGGAAUGAGUUGGGGGGGGGGGCGGGGGGCGGAGACACUGAUUCUUCUCCCUACUUGGUGGGGGAGGCAUUCUAACUGAGCAGUAGGGAUAGAAGGCCCGAGCCUGGGAAGUGCUUUUAUAAAUUAUUUUCCUUGUAGAUUUUAUUUUUAAUUUAUCUCUGUGACCUGCCAGGGAGAGGAGAGAGAGAGAGAGAGAUGCUGUGAGCACAUGACAAAAUAAAAUAAAAUAAAAUGGAUGAUUCAUUCUCAAGUGCAGUUUUUCCCUAUUUUGAAUUUAAAUUGAGAGUAAAGGAAACAGGCCCCAUGAGCAGAGGACUGGCCAUUGUAUGGCUAAAGCAGAGCUCUUAGGGGAAGGUGGGUGGAGAGCCGGGGAGGUUGACAGUGGAGAAUUUAGAAAGACAAAAGGAAAAUCUUAAAUACCGCAUUAAGUCUUGCAAACGUGUGUCAGGUACCUUUUUGUAGGGUUUGCCAGCUGAAUCCUUUUAAAGGAAGGAUUCAGAAUUCUUUCUGGCCUCUUUCUCACAGGGCUAGGCUAGGCGGGUGUUGUCACCUGGCCCAGCUCUUUACCUGUCCACCUGUGGCAAACUGCAUUUUUAAUAUUGACUGUGCUGUUGCUUCUCUGGUGGCCCCACCUACCAAGGAGGUGCAGAGCUUUGGAGCAUAGUCAACAGUGACGACAGUGAUAGUGGAGAUCUGGGAGAUCGAUGGGACCAGCCCAUGCCAAGCACUUCAUUAUAACAGCAGGGCCACGGAACUAGAGAAACAGAAAGCUAGACCCCAGGGUUUAAGGCAUUUGAAAGCCUCCAGGUGAGGUGACCGAAAUCUGUUUUCCCUCAAGAUACAAAAAGCCUGUGAAGAGCUGAAUGCUUUAAGGUACCGGAUGGUUGCUGGAACUGCCACAUGCCCAUCUAGGGGUAGGUACUGAACAAAUGUCCAAGUAAUGAAUGCCUACCUGGCAGUCUCUGUGAGAUUACCAGACACUAUAUAGGACUGGAAGCUGUGAUCCCCACCGUGAAACCUGUGACCUUGAACUCCCCAUGUAACACUGUGUGACCUGGCUUAGCCCAGUCCUUUAAUGAUGCUAUUAGUGUUUAUCCUAUGGGGUGGAAUAGAAUUCUGGGACUAGCACUGAGUUUUUGUUUCAAUUUACAAUGGCUUCCCCCCUCCCCCAUCUAAGAUGGAAGGGGUUGGUCCUAUCAGACAAGAACUCUUACCUAAUUAGUGAUUAAUAAGACUAUAAGCCAAAUAAAAUGAAGAUUCUUAAAAAAGAAGGCUAUGGGCUUCCUAGGUGGCGCAGUGGUUAAGAAUCCGCCUGCCAAUGCAGAGGACAUGGGUUUGAUCCCUGCUCCAGGAAGAUCCCACAUGCCAUGGAGCAACUAAGCCCGUGUGCCAAAAAAAAUAAAUAAAUAAAUAAGAAGGCUAUAAAUUAAGUUGAAAAAAAUAUGCUGAUAAAAAAUACAAAUUAUGCAUAGAAAACCAUGACAAGUAAAGUUCAGAGUAAUGUUUUUGUAUACCUCCUAGAAAUAUGUACAGUAUAUGUAUUUUUGUUUAGUACGCAAUUGGGGUAUAACUUUUGUUUUGCUUUAAACAGACUUUAAAGAUUUUAAGAAAAAUUCCUCUCACUCCCCCUUUGCUAGUGUUGCCUCUGGUCUGAGAAAGUAUGUUUUGGUCACCUCCUCCCCCCAUGUCCCCUUAUGGAAAGAUGUACAGUUGUGUCUGGGAGCUUGCUGAUUAGCUGGGGCUUUGGGCCAAGUUGGUCAGCACUGCUGUGGGGCUGACCUCUUUUUGCUGUUGGCAGGUGGAGUGGGUGUUCCAGCUUCAAGGCUUUUUCUGGCAGGAAGAUAUGAGAACUCAAGCAAGGCCUGUGAAGGCUACUACACCUGAGACAGGAAGUGAGACAAGGUUCUAGAGUUCACAGGGAGAUGAGCAGGUCUCAGGACCAAACUUCUGGGUGACGUGCUUGGGUAGGGGUCGAAGGCUUGCUUUGUCUUUAGUCCUAGGCAUCAUUCACACUGAUUUUCCCACACAUCUUAAAUCGUGUAAGGCGAUGGAAAUAGAUCCAUUGUGCUUUGUUGUUGUUUUUUAAGGCUGCACCACUCGGCAUAUGGGAUCUUAAUUCCCCAACCAGGGAUGGAACCUAUGCCCACCUGCAGUGGAAGCUCAGAGUCUUAACCACUGGGCCACCAGGGAACUCCCAGAUCCAUUGUUUCAAUCUCUGCCCCACACAAGAUGUUACCAAUGAAGCCAGGGGUAUUUUAGUAUCAAUGAAAAUAGAAAACAUACAGAACUGAGUGGGAAAAUAGAGAUCUAGAGACACGCUCAGUGUCAUCAAGACCUGGCUUCCAUGGCUGACUCCUAGGAAGACUCCUUGCCCUUCCUAGGGAAAGCUGAACAGUUAAAAACCGCUGGUGAAUGAGGAGGUACUUUCCAUGGAGUCCUGCCAUCCUCAGGCUGCCUUCAUCCCUGCUUUUACCACCCACAGCUAUACCAGACCUUGCCACUCUUCAGGUCUGUUUGGCACAUAGCUGGAAAAACAAGUGCCCUGCAGAAGAAAGAACAUCCCCACCACCCUAGUCUUCUACCUCAUCCAGUAGGGACUGACCUAGAGUAACAGCUUCAGAAGCUCAGACUAAAUAUGUAGUUUUAGGGCACUACCAGCAGGAAGCCCAUUUCCUUAUUGAUGCUAUCCAUGGACAAAAAUAGGUACCAAGUUGAUGUCUGCCUCUCUGGAAGUCAUUUUCCCAACCAAGUGUAGACAUUCUCUAGCAAAAUCCGUUUGAUUAUUGAUUAUCAUGAGUGGUUAAGCCUUGUUUUCCUAUCCCUUAUCCAUCUGGGAAGUGAAAGAGACCCAUAGAACUUCAACUUGUCAUUCUGUCAGUACACCUAGAAUCCUUCUUUCACUUUUCUCACAUGGAGGUCAGUCAUCCUCCUUCCCUCUAGUUCUGAAAUUUUUAAUAGAGAAUGAGCAUGUGGGGACUAUGGGGAUAAGUGUGAAACUUAAUGAGUGGUUUGAGUUCUAGUCCUUAUUCUGUUUAGGACUUUUUUGGAAGUUCAUGUCUGCCUGAAUUAGUUAAAUAGAAUCCGGUGUAUAAAUUAUCUCCAGUGGACUGAGAAUAUGGGCCUUUGCCGAAGAGGCGUUUUCAAAAUCAGUUGGAUAGAAAUCCUUGUCUUCCUUUUUGAGUGUGCAGACAUAUCAAUGAAAGUCAUUGCUGGGCACAGGCUUUCUCUAGUUGGGGUGAGCAGGGGCUACUCUUCACUGCGGUGUGCAGGCUUCUCAUUGCAGUGGCUUCUCUUGUUGCAGAGCACAGGCUCUAGGCGCAUGGGCUCUAGAGCACAAGCUCAGUAGUUGUGGCGCAUGGGCUUAGUUGCUCCAAGGCACGUGGGAUCUUCCUGGACCAGGGAUCGAACCUGUGUCCCCUGCCCUGUGUCCCCUGCAUUGGCAGGCAGAUUCUUAACCACUGCACCACCAGGGAAGUCCCACCAGGGAAGUCCCAAUGAAAGUCUUAAAGCUGGUUCUUUCCUAGUCUAACUGAAGAAUGGAGUAGGUUGCACAGUAUUUGUUACUUAAUUCCAAAUGCUGAUUCCACGAAGGAAACAAAACCUAGUUCACUUGGGGAGGUGGAGAAAAGACCAGGAGUUGAGGCUCUGCCAUUUUUAUUUAUUUAUUUAUUUAAUUUGGCUGCACUGGGUCUUAGCUGCAGCACACAGGAUCUUAAGUUGCAGCAUUCAAACUCUUAGUGGGAUCUAGUUCCCUGAGCAGGGAUUGAACCCGUGCCCCCUGCAUUGGGAGCAUGGAGUCUUAGGCACUGGACCACCAGGGAAGUCCUGCCCUUUUUUUUUUGGAACAAUGAGACCACAACAUAUUUCUAUUUAUUUAUUUAGGCUGUGUUGGGUCUUAGUUGCGGCAUGCAGGAUCUUCAUUGAGGCAUGAAGGAUCUUUUGUUGCGGUGUGCGGGCUUCUCUCUAGUUGUGGUGUGUGGGUUUUCUCUAGUUGUGGCACGCAGGCUCCAGGGCGAGUGGGCCCUGUAGUUUGUGGCACACAAGCUCUCUGGUUGAGGCGAGCAGGCUUAGUUGCCCCGAGGCAUGUGGGAUCUUAGUUCCCUGACCAGGGAUUGAACCUGCAUCCUCUGCAUUGGAAGGUGGAUUCUUUACCACUGGACCACCAGGGAAGUCCUCCUGCCUUUUGUUUUAAACACAAGUUUAAUGAGGCUAAUUCAGUUGUCUUAAUAAGCCUUCCAGUCUUCAGCUAGGGGCUGAAGCAGUAACUGAAACUGUGGGCCUGCGUCUCAGAGCCAGGCCCCAAAGCCCAGCCUGACCUGUGACUAUGCAAACAGUAAACAGGGCAGGAUUGGUCAAAGUCAACUAGGAUUUUAAAAUCCAGGUGGGAUAAACAGUGGCUUUGGUACUCUCACAAACCAUGCAAACCAACAACGUCACAAUGCAGACUCGGACCCGCUGGUGAAUGAACACAAGAUAUUUAAUAUCAACAAAAACUAGUUAGCAUAUAUUGUAAAUUUAAUGUUUCAGCCUUGCCUCAGAGUUCUGCCACCUAACUGGCCUAAGCAAAAAAAAAAAAAGCCUUAGAAACAGACUCCUUACUCUACUUGCCCCACAGAGCAGGGCCAACUAUGCUUUUCAUCCCAGCAGGAUGAUUUUAUUUCACAUUUCACUUGCUUUCUUUUUUAAAAAAAUUAAUUUAUCUUUGGCUGCGUUGGGUCUUCGUUGCUGCACGCAGGCUUUCUCUAGUUGCAGUGAGCAGGGGCUACUCUUCACUGCAGUGCAUGGGUAUCUCGUGGUGGCUUCUCUUGUUGCAGAACUUGGGUUCUAGGCGCACGGACCUCAAUAGUUGUGGCACAUGAGCUCAGGAGUUGUGGCGCACAAGCUUAGUCGCUCCACGGCAUGUGGGAUCUUGGACCAGGACUCAAACCCGUGUCCCCUGCAUUGGCAGGCGGAUUCUUAACCACUGCGCCACCAGGAAGUCACUCAUUUGGUUUCAGUAUUCAUCAAUUUACUCAAUGGGAAGCAUCCAAGGCCAAGGUUGAUUAAAAGUCAAAUAAACAACUCUGAACACAUUGGCUGGGAAAGCAGUAACUUUUGGAGAAAACCUCAUUGCUGGACAGUUAAACCAAGGUGAUGUGCAGAUGAGAGACUGACGAUUGUCUGAGGAUCUUAGUCUCCUAUAUCAAACUUACCACACAGCAGAACACCAGGAUGUCUCUCUAUUGCUAAAAAGCAAGGUGAAGGAAACCAAGACUCCUUCCUUUACUAAGCUGAAUUCUGGCUGGUAGUGAUAUUGGUAUUUCAAUCAAAUUCCAGCGGAGGGAAAACACUGAGCCUGGAUUUAGUUCAUUUCUGUCAGUUCUGAGAGUGAUUGAUUGACUGACUGCCUGUGUUGGGUCUUUGUUGCUGCACACAGGCUUUCUCGCUAGUUGCGGCGAGCAGGGGCUACUCUUCAUUGUGGUGUGUGGGCUCCUCAUUGUGGUGGCUUCUCUUGUUGUGGAGCAUGGGCUCUAGGUGUGCAGGCUUCAGUAGUCGCAGCACAUGGGCUCAGUAGUUGUGGCACACAGGCUUAUCAGUUGCUCCGCAGCAUGUGGGAUGUUCCCAGAUCAGGGAUUGAACCCGUGUCCCCUGCAUUGGCAGGCGGAUUCUUAACCACUGUGCCACCACAGAAGUCUGAAUGAUAUGGUUUUAAAAGAGUUCAGGAAUGCCAGCAGUGACAAUGAAGUAGGUUCCAAAGGUUAAGGCUAAAGCUGAAUCGCAGCCCAUUUUGGACAAACACCAAGGCUGAAGGCUAAUAUCAGUGCAUCUGAUGAUGGAGAACAGAACCAGGUAUAUCUGUCCUCCCCAACUCUCUUAACUAGCUACAGACUGCUCUGCUGUUGCCAACGACAAGGACAUACUCAGACCUCUGCAGAGAAAGACCUCCCCCGUUCCACUUACAUCUCCCUAAACUCCUAUAACACUUUUUGAAAAAAGUAUAUCUACACUCAGUUUAUUUGGAACAAAUGCUUUGCACUAGUGAGCUGAGCUGAACUGAUCUCAGUGGAAAUCUUAUUUCUGCUUUUAUAAAUGACAAGAAUCUAGUCCUGUUUUGGCUUUAGAACUAUAAGCAGAAAAUGAUGUUAGAAAAUGGAUGACAUUUUAAUUCACUGAUCAAACAAUUCCUAAAAAGCUGGGAGAAGCUGACUUUAGCUAAGGUCACACAAAUCUAUGAAAUACACAGGCCAGGAUCUAAACCUAACCCCAAAACCCGUGUUUCCAAACAUCAUCAUUUGGAAGUGCUAUCAGGUCAGUGUGCUAAACAAACUUUGAGCAGCAUGAAGACAGAAUGAUGUUACAAUCUCUAUAAUUUCUGUAGCAAUUAUAAGCGCUCAGUAAAUAUUUAUUAAAUUAAUAUGGUGAGACCACUCAAAGAUUCAUACCAGACACUAUAGAUUUUCAAGCCUACAGUAUCUGAGAAAUAAAACCAUUCAAGUGUGAAGUUGUUCCCAAAGAGGCUCAAUCUAUAAAAUAAUA